GCCGCGCAGGCGCGGUGAGUUGGUGUCGGUCAGUCCAGUAGGCUGAGGGGCCGCGACUGGGUCGAGCGGUGUCCAAAAGGGUCGCUGAGCGGGUCUGUGGCGAGGCGGGGUCCGGCGGCCGGCACCAUGUCUAGGCAGGCGAACCGUGGCACCGAGAGCAAGAAAAUGAGCUCCGAGCUUUUCACCCUUACCUAUGGGGCUCUGGUCACCCAGCUGUGCAAGGACUAUGAAAAUGAUGAAGAUGUGAAUAAACAGCUGGAUAAAAUGGGCUAUAACAUUGGAGUCCGACUGAUUGAAGAUUUCUUGGCACGGUCAAAUGUCGGAAGGUGCCACGACUUUCGGGAAACUGCAGAUGUCAUUGCCAAGGUGGCGUUCAAGAUGUACCUGGGCAUCACUCCAAGCAUCACCAAUUGGAGCCCAGCUGGUGACGAAUUCUCCCUUAUUUUGGAAAAUAAUCCCUUGGUGGACUUUGUGGAACUUCCUGAUAACCACUCAUCCCUUAUUUAUUCCAAUCUCUUGUGUGGGGUGUUACGGGGAGCCUUGGAAAUGGUCCAGAUGGCUGUGGAGGCCAAGUUUGUCCAGGACACCCUGAAAGGAGACGGUGUGACAGAAAUCCGGAUGAGGUUCAUCAGACGGAUUGAGGACAACCUCCCAGCUGGAGAGGAGUGACAUCCCUAGGACUUCUGGGUAGCUGGCAGGAGCACUUGUUGGAAUCAGAAGCCCCAGAGCUCCCUCUGCCCUCAGUGACUCUUUUAACACGGUUGUUAGUAUUCUUCUAUUUCCAUCCUCCAUCCUAAUAAAGAGCAGACUGGGAUCUAGUCCAUUUACCCCACAAGUGUGCACAUUCAGGAGGGAAACUUUGCUCCCUUUCCCUUCGGAGGGGUUGGUUGGACUAGAAAGAGCUCCACGAUUUUACAUUCCUGUUUGAAUUUUCCAAAGCAAAAUUCAUUUUGACCCCAUUAAGAGGCAAGCCUAGUACAUCUAUUCCUGGGCCUUCAGAAAGCCAUUGGCGAAUGGCUGUGGGGAAUCCAGGGUUGUGGGACGGGGGAGGAGAGGCUGAGAGGGGUGGAUAGGAAUUACUGGUCGGAUGUGACACACUCUAGUGCUUGCCAGGAAAGGGGAGCUGUGCUGGAAACACUGACUUCUGGGAAGCCACCCAGGUCUCAUUCCUCCCUGCUGUUCGGAGGCAACAUCUCCUCUUUUUACAGAGGGUCCGUCCUUUUUUCUUACAAACUCUUCAAUAAAGACACAUUCUUAAGUGAAAUUCUAA